AUAAUUCGAUAUGAAAAAAAUAGUACCAGGCCCAAGGGUCUUAUCACUCGGGCCAAUAAAAAGAUCACCCGUUUAAUCGGGUAGGGCUCCAAAGUUUUCCCAAUUACCACAACUGAACCCCUAUUCCUCAUCUCAACCACCGUCAAUUUCGCUCCUCCGCCACCGGCAAAACUCUCCGCCGUCGUCGCCCUAUACAAUUCGUAACGAUGUAUCCCUCUAGAGGGAAUACCAACUAUGGGCAGCAGCAGCAGCAGCAACAACAGACUUAUUCUGGUCAAUCUGCUUAUGGUCAAAAUGUGGGGUCUGAUGGUGGGGCCUCUCAGUUGUCGAUGUCAUCACGACAUGCAGCCAUGUUAGCUGGUCAUCCAUCUGCUGGAGCUCAUUAUGGUGGUCAAUAUUCUUCUGUGUAUGGCUCAGCGGGACUCAGCACUGCUCUACAGACUCCUGGUGCAAGUGCUAAAGGAUCUGGACCAUCUGGUUUGGAAAGUCGGAUCGCUUAUGGUUCAACCAGGCAAGAGUCACCAGGGGAUAGGCGCCCGUAUUCUGUUCAUGAUUCACAAAACGAGCCAACUGCCCGGUUUGCUGGCUCGGUUGCUUAUGGUCACCAUCAACAUCAGGGGGACAUAUAUGAUCGUCUGGACGCUGCGUCAGCACUCAGGAAAGAAUUGAUGCAGGCUCAGACACUUCAAUCGUCUUCUGUUGAAGGAAGUUCUAGACAAGCUGAUUAUCUAGCAGCAAGGGCGGCGGCUAAUGCUCGUCACACGGGUCAAGAACUUCUGUCGUAUGGUGCAAGAAUCGAUCCCGAUCCUAACACGUUAUCAAUGAUAACCGGUCUAUCACAUCGCGCGCAACAUGCCCCAUCAAUAUUAGGGGCAGCCCCGGCCCCGGUUUUGGCUCCACGAAGAGAUGUGGAUGAUCUUGUGUAUGCUCAUAGCUCUGCUAAUCCUGGUUAUGGUGUUAGCCUGCCACCUGGCCGGGACUACGGUACACGAAAGGGUCUUCAUAGUUCAACCCUUGACCCAGAUUUCAUGGCACGCGCUCGAGAACUUGAUCGAAGAGACGAAGAACGUCGUAGGGAACUUUUACGGGAAAAGGAAAGGGAAAGGGAAAGGGAACGGGAACGGGAACGAGAAAGGGAAAGACAACGAAAGAGGGAAAGGGAACGGGAACGGGAACGGGAACGCAUACGUGAAAAGGAGAGAGAUAGAGAAAGAGACAGGCGUGAACGGACCCCACCGAAAACAUCUAGGGAUCGGCGGCAAUCACCACAUAGGCGUCGUUCACCUGUCAAAGCGAAACGAAGAGAUUAUGUAUGCAAGGUUUAUUCAUCCAAUUUAGUAGACGUGGAGAGGGGUUAUCUGUCUAUUGAUAAGCGAUAUCCUAGGCUGUUUACUUCUCCGGAAUGUUCCAAGGUGAUUGUUAAUUGGCCAAGGGACGAUGUUAAAGUUUCUUUGAAUGUCCCUGUUAGUUUUGAGCAUGAUUUUGUUCAAGUUGAUGAGGAACCUCAUGACAAAGAAGCAUCGGUCGUAACAAUGAUGGAUAAUCCUUUAAAAUCAGAGCACGGAAGUAUUCGGUGGAAUGCAAAGGUGAUAUUGAUGAGUGGGCUUAGCCCAAAUGCUUUAGAGGAGCUCUCAUCUGAAAGAGAUUACGAGGACCGAAUUCCCCAUUUUUGCAAUAUGCUUCGAUUUGCGUGUCUUAAAAACGGGAAUUCUUUGAUCGCAAUUGGAGGCUUGUGGGAACCCUCUGAUGGCAAUGAUCCUUCAGUUGAAAAGUCAACACUGGUUCAAACGGCUAUCAGGCAUGCCAAAGACAUCACAGGACUAGAUUUAAAGAGUUGUCAGCAUUGGAAUCCUUUUCUUGAGAUUCAUUACGAUCGAGUCGGAAAAGAUGGGCUUUUUAGCCAUAAAGAGGUAACUGUUCUCUAUCUUCCCGAUUUAUCAGAUUGUUUACCUUCGGUAGAUGCUUGGAGGGAUCAGUGGCUUGCCAACAAGAAAGCAAUUGCUGAGAGAGAACGUCUACAUGCUCUUAAAAGAGAGAUCUCUCGUGAAAAAAAGGAAGGCUUGAAAGACACCGAAUCUGAGAAAUCCAAAGAUGUGAAGAAGGAUUCAACACCAGUAAAAAAGAAAGCUUCUGGAUCCUCCGGGUCGGCAUCAAAAGCCACUGCAAAGUCAAAAGGAAAAGUGAAGGAGUCUGGAAAAGAGGGAGUUGAAAGCAAUGCAGAAAUGGAGACGAAAGUUGAAGGAAAUGAUUCUGAAAAUAAGAAACCGGUAGAAGAAGCUGCUGCGGUCCAGAAGACUGGUAGCGGAAAGAAGAAAAUAAAAAGAAAAGUUGUAAAAAAGAAGGUUGUUGGAAAAGAUGAUAAACCAGAAAACGCAGCCAAAAAAAGUGACGCAUCAGAUCCUAAAACGGCGGAAGAGACAACUACUGCUAGUACAAACUCAGAGGCUGCUGGUCAAGAAGAAAAGUCAACUGAAUCUCCUGCUGUGAAGAAGACUUUUACAAGAAAGAAAGUUACCAAAAAGGUCCCUGUUAAGAAAACCGUUAAGAAAGAAGACGAAGGGACACAAUCGGAGGUCACACCAGUUAAAGAGCAAGAUAUUUCUGAAAAUAAUCCCAAAGAUGUCACUGUUAAGGAAGAAAACGAGGGGACACAGUCUGAGGCGACGCCCGUUAAAGAGCAACAGAUAUCUGGUGGUGCGAGCGGGAAGAAAACUGUUAAAAGGAAAAUAAUAAAAAAAGUUGUGAAGAGAAAAGUAGUAGCGAAGAAUGCUAACAAUAAAGAUAACAUUGUAGAGGAAGCAGGAAUAACUAGCAUAGAGCAAAGCGCACCGUUAGUCAACCCGGAAAGUGAAGUCAAACUGGAAGUCAAUGAGUCAGCUUCAAGCAAGGAUGCGGGCAAUCUAGAUAAUAAUGAUAACAAAAAAGAAAACGAUCAAGUAAUGGAUGAGAAUAAAGCUAAAGUGGAUAGUGGUUCUUUGUCCAAAGCGAAGGUUAAUAACGGAAAUAACGAAAACUUAAAAGAUGUUGAGAAAUCCAAGGAGGGGAAGGUGAAAAAAGAAAAGGGUGAUCAAACUGAGUCAAAGGGCAAGGAAGUCAAAGAUAAGAAAAUGGACGAGGAGAUUCCUCGGCAUCCCGGGUUGUUUCUCCAAACAAAAGGGAGCAAGGAUUCUAAACUGCGUUCAUUGUCACUUUCGCUGGAUUCGCUUUUGGGUUACGAUGAUAAUGAUAUUGAAGAAUCAACAUUCGAGUUGUCUUUAUUUGCUGAAGCAUUUUAUGAAAUGCUUCAGUAUCAAAUGGGUUCUCGGAUUUUAGCAUUUCUCCAGAAAUUACGGAUCAAAUAUGUGGCUAAAAGAAACCAAAAGAAGAGACAGUUAGAAGAAGCUUCUGAGAAGGAAAAGGAGAAAACCCUUGCUAAGCGCGCAAAAACUAACGAUUCCAAAGUGGAAAGCAAAUCAGUUUCAACCGAAACACAGGAAGAACAAAAAGAGGAUGGGAAAAUUAUUGCUGAUGUGGAAACGGAAACGGUUGUUACCGAGAAGGUAGAAAAUGUGAAAUCAGAAGGUAAUGAGGAUAUGGAUGAAGAUCCUGAAGAAGAUCCGGAAGAAGAUUCGGAAGAAGAUCCAGAAGAAGAUGAAGAUAUGAUUGACGGAACUGAAAAUCCGAAAACCGAACAAGAGGUGAAUGCUAAAGAAGAAACUGUGAAUUCGAGUGUUAAGUUAGAAGAUGCAGAGGAACAGGAAAAUGAAAUUGGAAAGGGAAAGCUGGAGACGAAAAAGAAAGAGAACAUUGACAAGGAACUUUUACAGGCUUUCAGGUUUUUUGAUCGAAAUCGAGUUGGUCACGUCAGGGUUGAAGACAUGCGGUUGAUCAUCCAUAAUUUGGGGAAAUUCUUGUCCCAUAGAGAUGUCAAGGAUCUUGUGCAAAGUGCAUUGCUGGAAAGCAAUACUGGGAGGGACGACCGCAUAUUGUACAAUAAGCUUGUGAGGAUGGACAUCUGAAAAACAAGAUGUUAGAUAGUUCUUCGUUUUUUUUUAAUUAUGAAGACGGUUUGAUAGUUUGAUGCUUGUUAUUAAUUUUGCACUGAUGAAAAUUAUAAUAAUACUUUUGAGUUUUUGUACAUCUUUAUGUAUUGUAGUCUUUCAUGA